GGCAUGGCCCAGCAGCCCAGGACCCGUCUCCUGGACACGGCGCAGCACAGCAUCGUCUCCGGCUCCCCGCUGCGCCCGGAUGGCCCCAGCCCCACUGCAUGCAGGGGACAGCUCCGCCACGCGUGCUGUGGGUGCUGUGUACCCUGCCCGGCUGCAGAGCCCUUCCCGGAGUGCUCAUCUCGUGUGGCCACCAGCGGUGCGAGGCGUGCGCGGUCCUGGCCCCCUGCUGGACCCCGGUGCUGGGGGGUUGGCACGUGCAAGGCUGCGGGGCGCGUCCUCAGGAGCUGUUUUGCCCUUUUUCCUGCCCUAGCUGGAGCCUGGGAGCGUCUUGUCCCCCUCGUGCUGGCACUACUCCCCCGCCCACGGGGGCAUGCUGGGACCCUUUGGGCAGCUUAUGACGGAGGAGGACAUUCUCCGCAUUGAGAGGCAAAUCGAAAACCUGCAGGUGAUGCACAAGGUGCAGACAGUGGAGACGGAGCUGGAGCAGCUGGAGGAGGAGCUGCAGCAGCUCCUGCCGCUCCCGGCCACCCUGGCCCCCGAGCGCUUUUCCCUCGACCCCCGGCGCCUGCAGGGCCAUGCCGAGGACCUGCCCGCCUGGUGCAGCAAGACCUCUGCGCUGCUGAGGAGCAUGGCCAUGCUGCUGGCUGCUCUGGGGGGCCGGGAGAGCCCCGGGGUGAGGGGAGUGGCGAGCAGCACCAUGCCCCAGAGGUUCCCUCCCAGUGCCCCGGCCGGCACCCAGCAGGACGCCCAGCGUGAGAUCCUGCACUGCGGUGUGUCCGUCCGCAGCCUCAAGGCCAACUAUGAGGGGCUGGUGGGAGCCCCCGUGCCCUGCAACAGGGUCACCAAGCGGAAGCGGUCACUGCCCCCAGGAGCACCCGUGGAGGUCUGUACCCGUGAGCCUGUCCUGGAGGAGGAGUACGGGGAUGGGGAUGCAGUCGGGGUGCUGCGGCGCAGCCAGCCAGUGCAGACGGAGCUGAGCUGCCUGCAGGAGCGCAUCGAUGCACGGAAGGAGCGCGCCGUCUCCCUCUUCCUGGAGCACUGGAAGAAGUGGGCACUGGCGGAGGCACCUGGUGCACGCACCCGUGGGGACGAUCGGCUGCGGCGGCUCUGGAAGCAGCGGCAGGCGGUGGGGAGGCUGCUGGCACGCUGGAGGAGCGUUGCCCACGGGGUGCCCGGGAGGCAGAUCCGGCGGCUGAGUCGCACUGAUGUGCUCUACUGGCCCGAGCACUUCUUGCCCCAUGUCCGAGGCUCACCCGUGCCCUACGACAGCCUCUCGCUCGACCUCUUCAUGCUGGGCUACUUCCAGCUGCUGGAGAUGAACCUCAGUCCUGAGGAGCGCCGCUUCCGGCACCUGCUGUGCUACGAGAUGUUCGACCGCCUGGGCACCCACAGCUGGGAGUGCAUCCGACGCUUCCACCGUGCCGCGCUGGAGCGGGUCGAGGCUGGCCACUGCUGCUGGCUCGACGGCUUCGAGGACCUCAAGCAGGAGUUCUUUGGGGACAGCCCCACAGUGCCCACAGCAGCAGUGGUGGAGUCGAGUCCUUCAUCCCCCAGUCUGGCACCCACUGCUGCAGCCCAGGGUGGCAAGGAGCCGGCCCAGCUGGUCUCAGAGCUGGGGGAGUUCAGUGACGAGGACAUCUGCCGCUACAUCGACCGCAGCUUCUCCUUCUGGAAGGAGAAGGAGGCAGAGAUGUUUGAUAUCUGAGCUCGGUGGGACGCUGUGGCAGCAGCAGGCCCCGGGGCCGUGGUGGUGGCAUGUGGCUGGCGGAGUGCACGGCUGGGGUGUGCAGCCAGGAGAGGCUCCGGGUGCAGCCAGGCAGCAGGACCCUGUGCCUUGGCACAGCUCAGCUGCUCUCACGGCAGCAGGACUGCGGGCUGGCUCUGCAGACCCAUGGGUUUUGCUUCAUGCCCUGGGAGCAGGCCCCGGGUGCCCAGACCCUUCGGGGGCUCUGUGGCCAGCUGUGUGUCGAAGUUGCUGUGUGCCCCUUGCCGUGGCUGUGUGUUGUGCUGGGGGCUCAGCUCCCCUUUGGUGUGCUGUUUGCGGUGCCAGGGCGUCGUUGGCCCCCACGUGUCGGUGCAAUAAAGCUGUGUGUGCUGUGAAGGGCUCAGCGCUCCUCACGCUCCUUGGUCACGUGUGCUCCCCGCACAGGGAUAACGUGGACAGCGAGGGGCUGGGGAUGGCAGGACCCAUCACCGCAGGGCUCCUGCCUGGCACCGUGCCCACGGCAUUGCGGAGCCGUGUCCCAUCAGCGCCGUGCCGUGCCGCAUUGUGCGGUGCCGGGGGUGCGCCUCACUCCUGCCGGCUGCCUCCACACUUGUGCUCCCCGUGGCCAGUGGGAUGUGGGCCCAGGGGGUGAUGUCCUUGGGGCUGGGUCGGUCCUGGCCCAUGGUGGGGUUGCUUUCCAGGAGCCUUUGCCAUCCUUUGCUUCCCCCAGUGGAGCCUGGCCAGCCACCCCAGGGCCCUGCGCUCCUGAGGCUGUCCGUAACGCGGC